CCUAAAUCGAACCAGAGAUCAUUUCUUCUCAUGUGCCAAUGGCAAUGACAGUGACGAAUGAAGUGAAGUUGUAAGUUUUUGGUUAAUUCCGGCAAUGGUUCUCUACCGGUCGUCGUUGUUCCGUUCCUAAACACUCAUUUCACCAUCAAAGAAGCUCAGAAUCAUAUCGUAAGCCCUAAAAGAAAAAGGGCAAAAUAGAAUGGCGAAACAAUCAGGCGCAUGGCUUACAAAGCACAAGAAGAGAUGGCCAGUGAUGAUUCUCGCAUUCUUCACUUUAUCAACUCUAAUGGUGUUUUUUAUAAGAUCCGCCUUCGAUUCUUGUCAUUCAGCCUCUACUACUAGAAACAAUUUUGGAGAAUCUAAAGAAUCUGAAAACCCUCAAUUUCAUCCUCGUUUACCUCCAAAUCCUCUUGAUUUCAUGAAGUCUAAGCUCGUUCUCCUUGUUUCUCACGAGCUUUCUCUUUCUGGUGGACCAUUGCUGUUAAUGGAGCUGGCUUUUUUGUUAAGAGGUGUUGGUGCUCACGUUGUUUGGAUUACUAAUCAGAAAACUACGGAACCUGAUGAGGUUAUUUACAGUUUGGAAAAUAAAAUGUUGGAUCGUGGAGUUCAGGUAUUAUCUGCGAAAGGUCAGAAAGCAAUUGAUACAGCUCUUAAGGCUGACUUGGUCGUUCUAAAUACGGCUGUGGCUGGGAAGUGGUUGGAUGCUGUCUUGAAGGAGAAUGUUAAGCAAGUUCUACCCAAGGUUCUUUGGUGGAUACAUGAAAUGCGAGGGCAUUAUUUCAAACUAGAGUAUGUUAAGCACCUCCCUUUUGUUGCAGGUGCUAUGAUUGAUUCACAUACAACUGCUGAAUACUGGAAGAACAGAACUCGAGAGCGUUUAGGGAUUAAAAUGCCUGAAACUUUUGUCGUGCACCUUGGAAAUAGCAAGGACCUCAUGGAAGUGGCCGAAGAUACUGUGGCUAAACGGGUUCUCCGUGAACAUGUUCGGGAGUCUCUUGGAGUGAGAAAUGACGAUCUCCUCUUUGCUAUCAUAAAUAGUGUUUCACGAGGAAAAGGCCAGGAUCUCUUUCUUCGUUCAUUUUACGAGAGUCUGCAACUGUUCCAACAGAAAAAACUGGAGGUGCCAUCAUUGCAUGCCGUUGUCGUGGGAAGUGACAUGAACGCGCAAACUAAGUUUGAAACCGAGCUGCGUAAAUUUGUUCAGGAAAAAAAGAUUCAAGAUAGAGUUCACUUCGUAAACAAAACUCUGACUGUUGCUCCAUAUUUGGCUUCCAUCGAUGUUCUUGUUCAGAACUCUCAGGCCCGGGGUGAGUGCUUUGGGCGGAUAACAAUUGAAGCAAUGGCCUUUCAAUUACCUGUUUUGGGCACUGCAGCUGGAGGAACAAUGGAGAUUGUUGUGAACGGGACAACAGGUUUGUUACAUCCUGCUGGUAAAGAAGGUGUCAUUCCGCUUGCAAAUAACAUUGUGAAACUAGCCACGCACGUUGAAAGGAGGUUGACGAUGGGAAAGAAAGGAUACAAGCGGGUGAAAGAACGGUUUUUGGAAGAUCACAUGUCGAGUAGAAUCGCGUCGGUUUUGAAGGAAGUUUUACGGAAAGCCAAGUCUUAGCCUGUAAUUGCAGUGUAUUUCUUGAUCACAUAUCAUGUGUUUGCUAACUCUGUGUACUAUACAUAGGCAAAAUCUAGGUUUCUCGGCUCGGAAGCAGCAAAUAUUGUUGUUAUUAGAUCUUCAAAAAGAGUUCUGAUUUUUUUAUUAGUUUUGAUCCUAACCACAGUGGCUGUGCGGGAAUGUAAAUGGCUUAUUUUGGAAGCUCAGUAUCAUUUUUUUUUU